AUGCGAGUCAAUGAGGACGCAGGACAGGCAUUCUCCAAUGGUCAGACCACAAGCUCCAACGGCUCAACUCCCAGAAAGCCUCUAUAUACCGGCCUCAAUGGCCACACGACGAGCAAUGUCAAUGGAUCCAGUCCGACCAUCAGAAAUGGGACGGUUAAGAGACUGUCACCGGUUCGGCCCUCAACCUACCGUGGCCAUAACAGAGAAGAGGUAGUCAGGAUUCUGAUGCAGGGUCUGCUGGAUAUGGGCUACCCCAACGCUGCGAGCGUCUUGGGCGACGAGAGUGGCUAUGAAUUGGAAAGCCCAUCGGUAGCUGCGUUUAGGAGUGCAGUCUUGGAAGGGGACUGGUCUGAGGCCGAAGCUAUCCUGUUGGGAUCUCACCAUAAUCAGUCCAGGACCGGGUCGGAUGACGUUGCUGAUCAAUAUGGGGAAGGCCUUGUGUUGGCAGAAGGGGCGGAUAGAGGCCAGAUGCUCUUUUGGAUCCGGCAACAGAAGUUCCUAGAACUCCUCGAUCGAAGAGAUCUGGGUUUGGCGCUUAUGGUGUUGAGGCAAGAAUUGACCCCUUUAGGGCAUGACAUACAGCAACUACAUGCUCUGUCGACUUUACUCAUGUGUCCUCCCGAGGAUCUCCGGGCCAAGGCACAUUGGCCUGGUACUGUGGAAGAGUCACGACGGUUGCUUCUGCAAGACCUGUCUCGAUCGAUUGCGCCAUCUGUCAUGCUUCGCGAUCACAGAUUAGCCGAGUUGUUUGACCAGGUGAAGCAGACACAGAUCAAUCAGUGUCUGUAUCAUAACACCUCCAUACCUCCGUCACUCUACUCGGACCAUCUUUGUGAUAGAGAGGACUUCCCUUCCCGAACUUCAUUUGUGCUUGAGGAUCAUACAGGCGAGGUUUGGCAUGUCCAAUUCUCUCAUGAUGGAUCCAAAUUGGCCACUGCAAGUCAAGAUCGGACUGUCAAUAUCUAUGAAACAGUGACCUUCAAAUGCCUACACACGCUGAAGCAACAUGGAGGAGAAGUCACGUACGUGGCGUGGAGCCCCGACGACACGAAGAUCAUUACUUGUUCACAAGAUUGCAAGGCCCGGGUGUUUGAUGUCGAGUCAGGCAGGUUAAGAGUGACUUUGGAACAUCAAACCGUGGACUCGAACUAUGGCAUCACUGCUGCCGCUUGGGGUCCCGACUCGAUGAGUUUCGUGACGGCAAGCCAUGACCGUAAUUCCCAGCUAUGUCAUUGGAACUUGCUUGCGCCGGAGCCUGAACGGCCCGUCCACGUGUGGCCGCGAGGAUUUCGCGUGCAGGAUGUUGCUAUGACGGCCGACGGACACCGGCUGAUCACACUGGAUCCUCAGAACAUCAUCCGCGUGUUUGACAUGCGUACCUACCGCGAGGAGAUGCCCAUCAAGAUGUCGGGCAAGAUGACGAGCAUCACUUUAAGUCGCGAUGGCACAACAGUGCUCGUGAAUUUAGCUAUUGGAGAAGUUCACAUGAUCGACCUGAUGACACGAGAGGUUGUUCACAAGUUCCGCGGCCAGAAACAGGGCGAAUUCGUGAUCCGAAGCUGCUUUGGGGGAGCUGCCGAGAACUUCGUGGUCAGCGGUUCUGAAGAUGGCAUGAUAUACGUAUGGCAUAAGGAGAACGAAGCUCUGAUAGAAAAAUUGUCUGGUCAUGGGCCCGGUCAAAGCGGCAAAGAAUGUGUGACAACUGUGGAUUGGAAUCCGAGAGAUUCCGGGAUGUUUGCUUCAGGCGGCGAUGACCGAAGAGUGCGAAUAUGGACGAACGCCCCGUCGCCCGUUGACGGUUUCCAAAGCGCGCUCCACAAGACGAAUCCAAGCCGAACAAGUGCCAUAAGGUCAACUUUGUAG